AUAUUGAUAUUCAAAGACUAUACGAAUUACGACAUAGAUAGAUAAAUUAUCAAGUCAAGAUGAAUACAUAAGAAUGCAACGUGCUUGGAAAAAUUCCGCAUUGUUCUUAAUAUUCUCAACGUAUGCGCUAAGAAUCACGCGACAUAACAACAAUGACGCCCUUAAACCAAUUUGACACGCAAUGUUGUUCGCCGCGCGGAACAUCAUUGAUGCAAUUUCAAAGUUAAGACACGUCAGAUGUUUCCUCGAUUGCACCGUUGCGUCAGUAAAAUGGAUCGCCGUCGGUCAGGUCGACCGUUCGCAUUGAAGUAGAACCGAUUGCGCGAAUGAUCGAGAGAAAGUUUGGUGAAUUACGUUCCAUUAGAUUUUCCUGUUCGUGGUUGUAAAUGUUAGUCGGACUUUCAAGUUUUAACGCCUUUGGUAUUAGCGGUAGUUAUCGUUGGUACUUGAGCGGGACUAAUACUGUUGACAUUUGAAAUAGCCUCUACAAUUCUGGAAUUUUAGAAGUAGAAAAUUUAUGUUUUAGUAGAAGUAGAAAAGUUACGUUCAGUGAUAUAUAUUAGAAACGCUUGGCACUUCAAUGUUAUCCACAUUAAAUAUGAAAUUAACCCGCAGUCUGUUAUGACGUUGCUCAAGGAUGGAAAUGACUUUUUCCCGAACAAGGCUCACGUUUUUUAUUUCCCGAGGUUGAAAUUCAAUGUGAAUAAUUUUUUACCUUCGAGAAAUAAUUUCAUAAUUCUAUUCGCGUCUGUCCUUCUUAAGAUUUCCUAGAUUUUAACGAAAAUCAUUGAGUUAAACAUAAUGACUGGAAUAAAAAUAUACACUUUAAAUUCCUCGCUUGGCAUUCAUUCAGAUAAGGUAUUGAAUAAACAUGACAUAGACAUAGAAUAAACGUUUAUAUAUCGCGUUCUCGCUUUCAAUUAGCAAACACAUUUGCACGUAGAAGCGAAAACAUACCUGUUAUUGCGUUCAUCCUGAAAUUAAAUCUAAAUAGUCAAUAGGAACGAAUUAAUAGCGAGCUUAUCAAUUUUCCCAGACAUUAUUUGAUGUCUACAUCGAAGCGACAAAAAAGAUCACGAACCAACGAUGAAGCAAUUUUUUAAGUACGUGAUAUAUGCACGUUCUGCACGGCUAGCAUUAAAUUAACUGAUGGAACAGAAGAACGAUAUGAAAAACUACACGAAAAAAAGCCUUGCACGCGCGAGAAAUAGCGCGGGAAAGUAAUUAGCGGUUACAGGUCACGCUGUCGUUCCUCGUCCGGGACGGGAGGGGAUUCGAUUAAAAUCGCAGUGACGUGCCUGCGUAUCAGAGUCAGGCUCAGUUUCCUUUCCGGCGUCUUUCAGAAUGACAACGGCAUCGUUGUCGCCGACGCGCGUCGAGAUCUCGGCAUCUCAUUCUCGACUACCGUGGUAGUGACAGGUGCUUUAUCAAGGUGACAAUACACUAAUUCUGAAGUCGAAAUCACUAAAAGACAGUGAAUACUCACUAAUUAUCACAGCUAUAGUAUACCACUACAAAUCACUGACAAUGAACACUGAUUGCUAUUUAGAGAAUUGAUGAAAGAAAUACAAGGUAACAUCGUUUAAAUACUUACUAAAACAUUCGCGGCUGAAUUUUCGAAUGUUCUCUGUAUAAUUCUAUUAGUAAAAUAUUGAUGUUUUUAUUAUGAGAUCUAUUUUCUAAAGAGAUCUGAUUUAUUUAAGAACAUUUUGAUUACUGUACAUGACAAAUCAAAUAAAAUUGGAUAAGAUGUAUAAAUAUAAGACGGUUUAUACUAUUGACAGAUUAAGUGCACCUGUGAAUGAUCACUUUAUCAUUAUAAUUAUUCCCAUGUGUUCGUAUAAAAUAAUUAUUAAAAUUUACAUUUGUUAUAAUUAAAAAGUUAGUAAUAAUCGCUGGACAAUUAUAAUGUAAAAGGAUAUAGAUAUUAUUUGAAAUUGUGAAAAAGUUAUUGUUAUUCUUUUUUUUUCACAACUAAUAGUCGAGCUAAUUAAUCUUUCCUAACCGGUCAUUUAUUGUAUCCACUCAGGCAAAUAUUCUAUUUUGGACAGCGAAUUGUGCCAACGAAUGUUGUGUCAAAGUGUGUCAACGAAUUUCACGGUAAUAAAUUCAUGUUAAGGAACGCGCCUGGUUCGGUCUCCGUCUCUUAAUAGGUGUAUUGUAUGGCCGGUCAUAAACUGUCGCUUUGGGAGGCAUCGCAUCGCGUGCUACAAAGCAAGAGCAAGUGCUCUCCGACCGCGGCGGGCAGCGGUCAUGCGUGCAGACGUAGCCGUUUGCACGUGUGACCGUAUCGCACCCUCAGUUGGGAGAUAUGUGGCGCGGAAUCUAGUUAGUACCCUUGUUGGCUUUAUCUCCGUUAUCUUCGUUUGACUCAGAGGUCGUGUUGCCAGAUUAGAAGAGUCAGCCGCGCGCCGUCCCGCGAUCGCGAUAAUUAGCAAAAAUGAAAUUUCGUAUUUUCAACUUCCUGUAUCUUCAUAUAAUUUUAGCGUUUCAAAUCGGAGUAUAGAAGCUAAACUUCGCUUGUUUGAUUGAUUACGCUAUUCCUAUGCAGUAAAUUUCUGUAAACAAAUUUCAAGAGCAGAUAAAAUCUAUGAAUCAUUAUAAUAAGAAUACAUUAUAUAUUUAUAUAAUUGACAUUUGUAAUCAGUAACAAAUAUGAGGUGUUAUUAAAUAUAAUCAUAAUAAAAUGUUAUAUGUUCUUAGUGUGCGUGCUACUCUUGUAGCAGCGAUUAUUUUUCCCUCCGUUUAAUCCGUAGCACGAUCAAAUCCGAUAAUUAAGCAAGAGAAACAUCAUCGGGCACAAUGGAGCGCGGCAUAUUGCGGCAAACAUUGAUUGGAUUGGUAUGCAGUAUUUUGAUCAUCGAUUGUGGCCUCAAUGAAGGAUGGCCCACGCCGACUAUACCGAAGUUCAACAACACCGACCCUUUAGAGGUGACAAACGACGAGAUGACUUGGAUCGUAAAUUUUAUGUACGUGGGAGUUGCCAUCGGCUCGUUGGUACCUUUCGUACUGAUGGACAAUAUCGGACGUAAGGGAACCUUGCUAGUCACUACAAUACCAAAGAUCAUGGCGUGGAUCUUCCUCGGAGUGUCCAACUCUGUACCGCUCAUAUACGCUGGACGGAUCCUCGCGGGCAUCGGAUGUGGCAUAACGUAUGCUGUAAUGCCGAUGUAUCUCGGCGAGAUCAGCAGCAAGCGGACCAGAGGUCCUUUAGGUACUUUAACGGCUGUUCUGCUCAACAUCGGGAUGUUACUCGCCUAUGCGAUCGGCCUGUGGAUCAGUCGAUUCGCGAUGGCGAUGAUAAGCGUUUGUGCGCCGGUGAUUUUUCUACUGGCUUUCAUAUGGUUACCCGAGAGCUCGGUGUUCCUCACGCGGAAGAAUAGACUGGAACCCGCGGAGAAGACUCUUCAAUGGGCGCUGGGUAAGGAGAACGUAGACGAAGAACUCGAGGAGAUCAAAAGAAUUGUGGAGUCCGAGGACCAGUGCAGCAAGCUGACUCUCCGAGAAAUGUUCAAGGAGAUUUUUACCAAGACGCAGAACAGGAGAGCCUUCCGAAUCGCUCUGAUACUAUUGAGCGGGCUAGCAUUGACCGGUGCAGCGCCUAUACUCGCAUUCCAGUCGUACAUAUACGAAGAGGCUGGUUUCGAGAUCUCGAUCAACGCCAGUAUCAUCAUGUCUGGUGUCGCCAUUGUCUUGGCUGGCAUCGCGUGCGUGUCAUUGGUGCGUCUCACAGGCAAGAGACUGUUACUACUGAUUGCCGCACCGAUUUGCGUGAUAUCCCUGGCGGUGCUAGCCAUUUUCUUCCAGCUGCAGUCCAGCGGCUACGACGUCUCCAAAUUCAAGUGGGUGCCCACGGUCUUUGUGAUAAUUUACGUGCUCGGCUUUGGAUUCGGCCUUAAUCCGAUACCGCUGGCGUACAUCGGCGAAAUCUUCGGCGUUGAGGUCAAAGUAGCCGCUGCGGUGCUCAUUGCUCUCUACUAUGCUCUAAGCACCACUGCCGUUGUGAAGUUUUUUCAGGUGAUGCAAGAGUCAUACGGCACAUUUGCACCAUUAUGGACGUUCUCCGCGAUAACGUUUCUUAUAUGGAUAUUAAUUUACUUAUUUGUGCCUGAGACCGAAGGCAAAACCUUGGAAGAGAUACAAUUGGAAUUGCGGAAUAAAAAGUGACGUAUAUAGACAAAUUACGUAAAAAAAUCAUAAACAGGUGUGGCAUUAUAAACAAUCCAAAGAUUGUUAGGUUCAUAUUUACAACACGUGAAAUACGACUUGACUUAAUUUUUAUCAAUAUUGAAGAUCUAUUAUAAAAAGAUUAGAAAGAUAACGUUCCUGUUAAGUUAUGGUGAUAGUUCGGUUUACAUUCUUAAGAUGUGUACUAUCAUUAUAAUGUAUGCUCAUGAAUUCAUAGGCACAUGAAUUAGCCAGCACUGUAGCUAAUUAUUCAUCAUACAUGAUAACAUAGAAAAAUGUAAAAUACACAUUAAUGUAGCAAAAUUUGAAUAUAGAAAAAAUA